CUUGACACAAGGAAUAUGAAGCACCACCUCUGUAGUCUGUUGUUCGUUCUGUGCGUCUUGUACAUCGCGGAGCAAUCGGAAUGUUACAAGAUUCUAGCCAUCGUUCCGACACCAUCUUACAGUCAUCAAAUACCAUACCGACGAUUAUGGCUGGAACUACACAAACGAGGUCACGAAGUUGUGCUAGUCACGGCGGAUCCUAUACCAAAUAUCAAAUCACCGAAUUUUACGCAAAUCGAUAUUAGCCAAUCUUACGGAUCCAUAAGGAGUUUAGAUUUUGUUCAAAUGCGAUUUGAGGGAAAACGCUGGUUGCACAUUGUGGAAGAAGAAAUGUUGCCUAUAGUCGAGGUUUUUGCGGAAACGGUGCUCAAUUCUACAGAAUUGCGGAAGCUGUAUGCUGCAGACAGCAACGCAACGUUCGAUGUCUAUUUGACGGAAUUCCUCUUCGCGCCCGCCACUUACGCUUUCGCACAUCGAUUCAAUGUUCCUAUAAUAGGGUUAAGUUCAUUAGGGAUACUUGCCGUUAACGAACACGCUCUUGGUGGAUUGGUUCUCCCUUCUCACGAGUACACGUGGGAAAUGGAAGACAACACAGGAACGAAUCUACCGUUCUUGAAGAGACUGUACAAUUUCGUCAACAUGUGGCGUAGCUUAUAUUACGUUUACCACGAGAUCUUUCCUCAGCAACAGAAAUUGGCAGAAAAAUAUUUUGGACCUCUGCCACCAAUGUUAGACGUAUUGAAGAACGUUAGCAUGCUUUUCAUCAAUCAGGCCGACGUUAUGGCACCGGCACGACCGAAACUAGCGAACGUAAUCACGUUUACAUCCUCCCACAUAGACAAAGUUCCGAAAGCUCUGCCUAAGGACUUACAAGCAUUUCUGGAUGGCGCUACAAAUGGGUUCAUCUACUUCAGUCUUGGUAGUAACGCAAGAAGUGCAAGUUUACCACUGGAGAUCCGACGCAUGUUCUGCGAUGUGUUCGCCAAGCUACCGUAUAGAGUCGUAUGGAAAUUCGAGGAGGAUUUUCCCGGGAAACCUGAUAAUGUUUACAUCGGAAAAUGGCUACCACAACAAACCAUUCUCGCUCAUCCGAACAUUAAGCUGUUCAUUUAUCAAGGAGGCCUGCAGAGCAGCGAGGAGACCGUCCACUACGGAGUACCAGUUCUUGGUUUCGCAAUUUUGGCCGAUCAAGAUUAUCAAGUAGCCAGAAUGGAAGCUCUGGGCAUUGGAAAAUAUUUGGAAAUUACAACCCUUAAGAAAGAUGAACUUGAAAAUGCUAUUACAGAGCUUAUAACUAACAAAAAGUACAAAGAAAGGAUACAUUACAUCCGAAAUGUCGUUCAGGAUACACCGUACGAUCCGGUAAAGAAUCUCGCUUGGUGGACAGAGUACGUGAUACGAACGAAAGGCGCCCCUCAUCUUCGCAGUAGUCUAGCUUUUCAGCCUUGGUAUCAACGUUGCGAUAUGGAUAUUGUAGUGUUUUUAACCAUCGUAAUUUUCUUGAUCGCUUUUACUACCUUUCAUUUAAUUGCCAAGAUUCUCGUCUACAUUCAUACGAAUAUCAAAUCAACUGAAAAGCAAAAGAUAAGCUAAGUAUUUAUGGCGCAAUUGAUUGAAGAGAAGUACUUAUAGCACAAUUCAUUCCAAGUGACGCAAGCGUUUAGCAUCUCAUUUCAACGAAUGAAUUUUAUCUAGUUUCGUUAAAGAAAUGAUCAUCCUGCGUUUUAUAAUUGGCGACUUAUUCUGGUCACAAGACUAACGAUUUUGAUAUGUAUAGAUAUAUGUAUACAUACGUCUGUUGCGUUCCUGAAGUUAUAUCGUUUGUUUCCUAAUUUAUUGUUUUUAACUGUAACGCGUCUUUUGUUAUCAAGAAAGAAAACGAAAUACUUUAAACCAUAUAUUAUAAGGGAUCAAUCAGUAUUGCUGGCAAUAUGUUGAUCAUAUGAUCAAAUAGUACUUGUUAGUUGCAAAUAUGUCGCAAUUUAGCCGAUAAAAUCUCCUCAUCCUGCUCCGUUAAGCGAAGCAAAAUGUUGACGAUGAUUGAUAUUGUAAUUUUAAAAAAUCGAAGGCGUCAUGUAGUUAUUCGAAGUAAAUCCUUUUUAAUUGAUACAAAAUUAUGUAGAAAAAGUCGUAAAGCCAAAGAUGAAUAGAAUAAUAAUUAAAGCACAUCUAUUUAGGAAGACAAUAAUCUUUACAAACACUAAUAAAUAUCAUAAUUUUUAUACCA